AGAACAGACCAAAGUAUUAUGGAAGAGAGUUUCACGGGAUCAUUUCUCGGGAACAAGCAGAUGAAAUACUUGCUGGCGUAGAAGGAGCGUAUAUUCUUAGAGAAAGCCAGCGGCAACCUGGCUGCUAUACUCUUGCUCUCAGAUUUGGUAACCAGACCUUAAACUACAGGUUGUUCUAUGAUGGGAAGCACUUCGUUGGGGAGAAAAGAUUCGAAUCAAUCCAUGAUCUAGUUACAGAUGGCUUGAUAACAUUGUAUAUAGAAACAAAGGCUUCUGAGUAUAUUUCCAAAAUGACAACAAACCCCAUCUAUGAACACAUUGGAUAUGCCACUUUGCUUAGAGAAAAAGUGUCCCGGAGGCUGAGCAGAACAAAAAACGAAUCAAGAAAAGCAAGUGUAACAAGUGAAGAAAAUACCCAAGUUGAAAAGAUCACCUCCUUGGUCAGAAGAGCAGCCUUAACUCAAAACGACAACCACUUCAACUAUGAAAAAGCACACAAUUUUAAGGUCCAUACGUUUCGAGGUCCGCACUGGUGUGAAUACUGCGCCAACUUCAUGUGGGGUCUCAUCGCUCAGGGAGUGAGGUGUUCAGACUGCGGGUUGAACGUACAUAAGCAGUGUUCCAAAUACGUGCCCAACGACUGCCAACCAGACCUCAAGAGGAUAAAGCGAGUCUACUGCUGCGAUCUCACCACUCUAGUGAAAGCCCACAAUACCCAGAGGCCGAUGGUUGUGGAUUCAUGCAUUCGAGAGAUCGAAGCAAGAGGUUUGAAGUCCGAGGGCCUCUAUAGAGUCUCAGGCUUCACUGAGCACAUUGAAGAUGUGAAAAUGGCCUUUGAUCGAGAUGGUGACAAGGCUGAUAUUUCCGCCAGUAUUUAUCCAGACAUUAACAUCAUUGCUGGAGCACUGAAACUAUACUUCAGAGACUUACCAAUUCCCGUGAUCACCUAUGACACCUAUUCCAAGUUCAUAGAGGCAGCAAAAAUCUCCAAUCCUGAUGAACGACUAGAAGCAAUACACGAAGUGUUGAUGUUACUCCCUGCUGCUCACUACGAGACACUUAGAUACCUAAUGAUUCAUCUCAAAAAGGUUACCUUGCAUGAAAAGGAGAAUUUUAUGAAUGCUGAAAACCUGGGAAUAGUGUUUGGGCCUACUUUAAUGAGACCUCCAGAGGACAGUACCCUUGCUACGCUGAAUGACAUGCGGUACCAGAAGUUAAUUGUGCAGAUUUUAAUAGAAAAUGAAGAUGUUCUCUUUUAGACAGAGAAAGGCAUAUCUUCAAAGCCAUUUGUUUUAAAAUAAUUAGUUUGAAGGAAAAACAACAUGUCUUUAAAUUUUUUUAAACAUAAAGGAAAAGUUCCUUGACUGCACUUCAAUUUCUGCAAAGUUGCAGAUGGAUGCCAAAAUGUUUAGGGAAAGCCUAUGUCUCAUAGACAUAUGCCUCUUUGUAGAAGGGAAAAAAGAAGGUCAGAAAAAAUCCUCUUACCUUGUAUCUUUUGCCUUGCCUCAGAUGUAUAUUUGUUUUGAGAAGUUGCAAACAAUUUUAUUGUUAACUUAUUAAGAAACACAAAACAUAUUUUAAUACGGCUAGCGAAGCAAAAAGGUACUUAAUCAGUGUUACUUGUAUACGCCUACACAUUUCCCUCUCCACGAGACAUAAUUAUAUAUGUCAAUUGUGAAACAGAACCUAUAUUAUAAAGAUAUUUUUACUUUACCUAGCUGAAAGAAUGGCAUUUUAUUUUAGCAAACUAUAAAUCAAUGCGGUGCAUUGAUUAUUUUCCACUUAAUUCUUUCCUGCAUUUUUGCUAUGAUAUAUUGAAAACAAUUACCACUAAUGCAGUAUUAUCCUGACAUACCUCUUUCAUUGCAAGUGUUUUAAAGGAGAAUUCUUUUCUUGUGUGUAUUCCAGCUUUCCUUAGGUUUCUUUGCAUUUAGGCACUAGUAUCCUAAGAUUGUAUACUUUUA